AGUUUAUGAUUGUGGGUCAUUCAGUGUCCCGCCGUCCUUCAAGACUAAUUAUUUUGUCUGUAAUUAAAACAAUACAUCUAAAAACUCACAAUAAAGAUGGGUGAGAGCGUUAACGUUCAGAAAACGUAUGUUUGCUCAUUUUUUGAGUGUAACGCUAGAUUCAGUAGGUCGUGGAAACUAGAGGCUCAUCUGUGCAAACACACAGGCUUGAAACCAUUUUCCUGUGCAAAGUGUGACAAGAGCUUCUGCACUCGCUAUCAGCUCACCAGACAUGAGCUCAAUCAUAGCGGGGAGAAGCCACACAAAUGCCUGGUUGAUGGAUGCUCCGAGGCCUUUGUCACAAAUGCCAGCCUGAAGAACCACAUGAUUCGACUCCAUGACCACCAGAAACGGCUGUAUCAAUGUGAUCAUGAGGGUUGUGGAAAGAAUUUUGGCAAGAAGAAACAACUCAAAUCUCACAAAAGUGAACAUGACCAGCUUCUAUAUCACUGUACUGUCAGUGGAUGUAAACGGGAAUUUCCCAGUUGUGGGAAACUGAAGCACCAUGAGCGAGUACAUGAAGGUUAUCCUUGUAAUAAGGAAGACUGUCCUUUCAAGGGGAAAACAUGGACAGAACUUGUGAAGCACACAAAGGAGCAUAAAGUCAAGCUGCCAUGUGGGGAGUGCAAAAAGCUCUUCAACAACAGCUGGUUUUUGAGCCGGCAUGUGCUGUACCUCCACUCUGGGAAGAAGAAGUUGUUUUCAUGCCCCCGUGAAGGUUGUGAUAAGAAGUUCACUCGUCAUCUCAAGUUGGAGAGUCAUGUAGUUGGAGAGCAUAAGGGGAAGAAAUCGUUCAGUUGUCCCCAUGCUAACUGCGGGAAGAGCUUUGCCAUGAAAGAAAGCCUAAGGCGCCAUGAAGUGGCUCAUUCCCCUGCGAAGGCAAAGCUGAAGAAACAGCGUCCUAAAGCCCGGCCCAGCCGUGUAGCAGAGGAGGCUGCAGCCAAUAAAGAAGAAACAAACAAGCUUGCUGGGAAGCUACUCACUGCAACUUUAGAUGAUAAACCUUGAAGCUGCACUCAAAAUAUGCUUGUCUGUGUACACUAAUGCUAAAAUAUCACAUUUCUGUUACU